AUGGCAACGGGGAAGCGGAGGACUACACCGUUUGAAUUGGAAAUCUUAAUGCGCUUAUAUAGCGAGUUUGAGCACGUUUUUAGAAAGAAGUGCAACACUGCUGCGGCUGCAAAAGAGAGGGAGACGACGUGGGAGAACAUUGCUGCCCGAGUCAAUGCGUGCAAUCCCGCGGAGGUGAAGCGCACGUGGCAGCAGCUGAAGAUGAAAUAUAAAAACAUUGUUCAAACAGCCAACAGAAAGAAAGGAGAUGCCUGUAAAAAGGGAGGUGGCCCAGCACCACCACCUGUAACGGAGGCAGAGGAGCUGGUCCUAAGCCAGAAUUUGGGAAGGCCAGUGGCUGAGGGAAUCCCUGGAGGGAGCUCAUCCUCUGAGACCACAUCCCAAGACACAAGUGCUUUUAUAAAAUAUUCUGAUGGUACUAUCUGCCUGGUGGAGCCCUUUCACACCACAACAGACCUUGUAACUGAUGAAGAGGAUGAAACUGUGUCUGCUGCCUUUACAGAGGGGGAUCCAGAAAGGCAUACAGAGAACAUGGCUGGACAGCAGCAGGAUGCUUCCUCAACUUCCACUGCACAGAUUGACACAGUGAGAUGGAUGUUCAGUAAACACCAGAGGUUCAGUCCAUGGAAUUCAUGUGCAACUGUAUAAUUUAAUGUCCUUUAUGUAUU